GAUUCAGAUAUCGCCGAGUCUUACAAUAUAAUCAGAUAUAACUUUGAUUAAGUAGAGGUUAGGACAUAAUUGUUUGUCAGAUUAUCUAAUCAUGUGUUAGACAAACUAGUGAAGAGAUUUCACCAGCGGAUGUCAAAAUCUUCACAACAUUUAUCAUCAGUUUGAGGGAGAAGUCAGCGCGACAGCUGUGAUUUUGUGAUGGCAGAACCGCAGCAACAGUUGGUAGACAUCGACCCGGAUUUUGAACCUCUCUCCCGGCCGCGCUCAUGCACCUGGCCGCUGCACCGACCUGAAUGCGCCGAGCCGGGGAGCUCAAACACAUCCUCCCCGGCACCCUCCGUCAAGCCGGAGCAAGGCAUCGUGGACUUUAUCAACAGUUUAAGUUUACUCGAGGAGACCGAGGACUACCCGGAGGAGAAGCCCGUGCUUCUGUGUAACGACUUCCACAGCCAGGACAACUGCGUUCAUCCCCAGCCGUUGCAUCCACAGCAGCCGAAUCCCCAGCUGACGCACCCGCAACAGGUGCCGCCUCUCCCCGCCCCUGCCAGCAGCUCCAGCCCUGCAGCCGCCCAGAGGAAGAGCAGCUCGUCUCGUAGGAACGCAUGGGGGAAUAUGUCAUACGCUGAUCUCAUCACCAAGGCGAUUGAGAGCUCCCCUGAGAAGCGGCUCACCCUGUCCCAGAUCUACGAGUGGAUGGUGAAGAGCGUGCCUUACUUCAAAGAUAAGGGCGACAGCAACAGCUCAGCCGGCUGGAAGAACUCAAUCAGACACAAUCUGUCCCUGCACAGUCGUUUCGUUCGGGUGCAGAAUGAAGGAACAGGGAAGAGCUCGUGGUGGAUGCUGAACCCUGAAGGAGGCAAAAGUGGAAAGUCUCCACGCAGGAGAGCCACUUCCAUGGACAACAACAGCAAGUUCACAAAGAGCCGUGGACGAGCAGCAAAGAAAAAGAUGUCCUUACAAGCUGGACUGGAAGGUGGUUCCAACAGUCCUGGUUCUCAGUACCCAAAAUGGCUUGGCAGCCCCAACUCUCAUAGCAAUGAUGAUUUUGAACCCUGGACCACCUUUCGUACACGCGCCAGCUCCGAUGCCAGCACACUUAGUGGACGCCGUUCACCCUUUCUACCCGAAGAGGACCUGAAUGAGGCCGUUGAGGUCCACAUUGGGUACCCAGGUACCAUAGGCACCAAGCUGGGUGGCCCCCUCCCCAGCCUGUCUGAAGUGGCAGGUUCCUUGGGUCACCAUGGGUCUGAGAAUGUGAUGAUGGAUAAUCUGCUAGACAACCUCAACCUCAUCUCACCCAAAAAUAACGGUCAGGGCAGCCAAGACGCCCAGCCUAUGAUGCAGGGUAGUACUGGAUACUCAUCUUACAACUCCCCCAAUAUGGGCCCUCACCCUCAACCCCAAGUCCAACAAGACUACCGGAAGUGCAUGUAUGGUCAGGGAGGAGUUGGGGGACUGAGUCCCAUUGCCAUACCAACUUUAUCGGACAGUAAACCCGGAGGUUACGGACCUUUUGUGGGUCCGUAUAAUUGCGCUGCUGGGUUGCUUAAAGAGCUGUUGACCACAGAUGCCGAUCCAAGAGUCGAGCUGAUGCAGUCUUUGGGGUCUCAGACUGGGGAAGGGGGACGUGUGCUACCAACCUAUGUUAGUCAGGAUCAAUUGGGACAAGGGGGCAAAAUGAUGGGCCCUCAUGCACACCAGCACCCACAUCCGCACCUGCACACGCGCCCAAGAUUGCUUCAUCUGUUGCCCUCUCCGGCUAUGGGUAUAAAUGGGUGUACCAUGUUGCCCCAUGGGCAUCCUGGUUGCCUUGGCAACAUGAAGCCCCAAUUACUCCUGCCUCACAAUCAUCCCGCACAGCUGGGAAGAGUUUGCAGUGAGGCGGGGUUGCCAAGUUACAGCAGCACCAAUGGCAACGGCUUCCACAGGCAUGGACCGGUACCUCACCACCAUGGACAUCCUGAGCGGUUGCCCAGUGACUUGGAUGAUAUGUCCAUUGAGCAGCUAGAAUGUGACGUUGAGACUGUCCUUCAUGAUACGCUCAUGGAUGGUGAUGCGCUAGACUUCAAUUUUGACCCCAUGAGCAGUCAGCAGAGUUUCCCUCACGGGUGUGUGCAUACACCUCAUCAGCUGUUUACCUCAACACAGACAGAACCUCUGCAGCCAAUCAGCAGAGGCCAGUGAAUGUUCGCUAUGUACUGAUUACAGUACAUUGUUCCAGUAGACUUCAUGAUUGUCGGGAUUCAUUUUAAUCUGGAUAUGCUUUUGGUUAGUCCAAAUGUAAAUAAGCUGGCUAGUCAGAGAUCAUUGCUGUUUUGUACAUAUUUGUCUCUCAUAUUGGCACUGUAGGUCACUAAAAUUCAGGGCAGAACUGUGCAUCACAUUAAAUAAACUGGAAUGGUGUUUUUAAUGUAUAGUGUAUUUUACAUUAUAGUUCAUUUUUGCAUUUCAGGUUGUUGAAUUGAAUGCCUUUUGUACAGAGAUGUAUAUCUUUGUUGUACCAAUGGGAUGGUAAAUCAAAUGUUUAUACUAAAGUGUAUUUGUAAAUUGCAUCUUCUUACUGAUCUAAGUUCUCAUUUCCAAGAACCCCUACCAGACUUUUAAAGUCUGGUUAUUGUGGCCUUUUUGCUUUUUUAUAAAAUAGGAUAUUUUCUCAAACUGCUGGAAAAAAUUCCUUCAGAGAUAUUCCCUGUAAUUUAUGUGUUGAAUAAUCUGUACUUUGUGCCUUCCCCUCUUACAAACUUGCAUUCGGGUCAAUGACAUGGUUAUGCACAUGUUUUGAGUCCGGCUCUAUUCAUUUAUAAAAAAUAAAAAUAAAAAACAUAAAUGCAUUUCACACAUAUUGACUUUCAAUUUUCAAAAUAAAAGUCAAAUUGGUUUAAUCGUCCUGAAAUCAUAACAGAGAAAAAUAGUUUUUUUUUUAAGGUUCAGGUAGUCAAAUGUCAGCAAAGAUAUUUGUUUAAAAAAAUACUUUUUUCCUUAAAAAAUAUGUUUGAAAAUCUUUUAUAUUAUAUACAUUUAAGGUGUAAACAAAACAUGUUAUUACAUUUUAAUUGAUGGUUACACCACUGAGUCAAUAAAUAUAAAAAUGUUCCAAAAUUAUUUUUUUUUCCAGAAACCUACAUGAAUACAAAGACUAAUAGCAAGAUUGAAUAAAUGUACAGUAUAAUACUCCCAGUGAAGGUCACUAGAAAAAAAAAAAAGUUUACUUCAAGUUUACUUCAAGCUUAAUCUGAGUCUUUCUGAGGGGGCCGGGCUAAAAAUCUCCUCAAAAGGCUUUCUCCAUUUUUGUAUUUUUGACAGAGAUUAUAUAAUGAUUUAGUGAAAUUAACAAUUGUUCUGUCUGUGUUCUUGUCUUAAUAUUAAGUUUCCACUGUAGCACACAGAUAUGUGUUGUAUACAUUAUACAUGCAUUGUAACUGCAAAAUAUUUAAUGCUUUGAGAUUUUCAGUAUGUGGGAGAUGUUUCUAUCCAAACAGUGAGGAGAACCAUGAAGGGUUUGUAAAUUAUUAAGAAUAUUUGAAACAUAUGCAUAUAUUUUUAAGUGCUUUAAUACAACUAUCCAAAAACUGUCGUUUAUAGUAAUUUUAAUCUCUCUAUAAAUAGUAAAAGUAUGCAUUUGUUUGUGUUUUUGUUAUCUGAUCACAUCUGUGUAUGUAAUUUUACAUUUAAUUGAUUUUGUGCUGAAUGAUUUUAUUUUUACAUUUGGUCUUUGUUUUGUCUGUUUGAAUCUUUUUGGCAUGUAAAUAGUGUUGAUUUAGUCUUAUUUAACAACCACAAAUAUCAUUGGCUAGAUUUGACUCUAAUCAUUUUUUAAUGGAUGAAUUAGUCUCUAAAUGUAUUAGUGAUGGUUUGUGUAUUUGCUGAUUCUAAUGUUGUUGUCUAUCAUGACCUGAUUGACAUGGGGAGAUGUGUUCCUAUGGCACUGUAGCCAUUUGUAAAUUAGAAACAUGUACUGGUCACACAGUCCUUGUCAGAACCACAAUGCUUUUAUAGACUAGCUCUACAUGGAGGAAGUGCCUGAUAAUACUAUAAUGUAAUUAAACAGUUAUGACAAAUUGUUGAUUUAUAAGUUAACAAAAGACAAUGCAGCUGUUACAUGAAGCCAUAAUUGUAUAUAAAGGUAUGAAUAACAAUUAAAGUCUGUCAUUAUUGUAGCUGUAUGUAGCUGUAUGUAAAUAUGUUUGAAUGUUGGAAGAAAUCUGUUUGGGUAUUGUGUACAUGUUUAUGUAAAAGUGGGUGUUUGUGUUGGUGACAAUGUAUAAGUAUGUUUGUGUCCAUUCAGGUCAUUACCUGAGAUGCAAAGAGAGUGUGAGAGACCUCAUGCGUCUGUUCUUUAAUCUGUUUAACAACAUUAGUUUACAUGAACUAACAAUAAUUUUACAGCCUUUAUUACUCUUAGUUAAUGUUAAUUUCAACAUAUAGUAAUACAUUUUUAAAACCAAAAAUUGUGUUUGUUAACAUUAGUUAUA